UUGGUUGUCUCUAUAAAAGAGCAGGAAGGGGAAUAGAGAUCAGACUUCCAUCCUAGCACCUGUUGGACUAAUCAAAGUUACUGUAUUCAGGGCACCACUCUGAAGCAUAUAUUUUAUUGCCAUCUUCUUAAUCGCUAUUUUCUCUUCAUCAUGAAGCAGGCUACCUUCGGAUUGUGCAUGCUGGCUCUGCUGGCCUUUCUGAUUCAGACUACUUCCUCAAACACAACCGUUGCACCUGGAAACUCCACUGCAUCAACAAGUCUGGCAAAUUUAAUUACAACAAAUACAUCUCAGACUGCUGCACCAACAACUCCGGCUAAUUCAACUACAACAAAUACAUUUCUGACUGCUGCACCAACAACUCUGGCUAAUUCAACUACAACAAAUGCAUCUCAGACUGUUGUGCCAACAAGUUUGGCUACAACAACAACAUCAACAAGUACUGCUCAACCCACUCGGCCAACAAGUGCAGCUCCUUCUAGCAUGUCAACCACAAUGUCUACACUGACUCAACCGACUUCGAAUAUAAUCAAUAUGACCCAAACCACAAUGAUGACUUCAAACAUGACGGUAAAUGCCACCACCAUGGUAACAGUCAGCCAAACCUCUAUGCAGACGACUCCAUCAUCCAGCUAUUCGAUGACAGCUUCCUUCAUCAGCUAUACUCUACCAGCCCUCCUUUACAAGUUGUUAAAAUGAGCAUUGCUAUGUUCACACUUGGACUUAAGCUAAACCUGUCUGUUGAGAAAAGCUGCUUUUGCAAAGAAUUGUAUCAUAGGUAAUAUAUAAUAAAUAGUCUAUAGAUAGUAUAUGUUAGGUAGCUGAUGUAUCACAGUUUUAUUUUUGUAGAGCAUCCUAUAAGGAUCCUACGUGCCAACUUAAACUGUUUUAAUAGGUUUUAUAGUCAUAAUAAACAAUAAAGAAUGGUACCUAUU